AUGGAUAAAAGCUCGUGGGAGUCUCGAGCAGCAGCCAAGCGCGCCGCCACCCUAGACAAGAUCCCUCCAGAAUGGAGAUUAUCCUCAGAGGACCUCGAACGAGCUCAAAGCCAACGCGACAUCACGGGAUCUUUUAUUGAGCAAUUACUUGACGAAGACACAGUUUCUAUCACGGCUCUUAAGACUGUUGAGAUUUUGAAUGCUCUAUCGGAACGAGAACUCCCGGCGACAAAGGUCGUGAGGGCAUUUUGUCAACGAGCAGCGGUCGCUCAUCAAAUCAAUAAUUGCCUUCAUGAAAUCUUCUUCGAUCAAGCACUCGAACGCGCCCGGUAUCUGGACGAUUACUUCGCCAAACAUGGAAAGACGCUCGGACCACUUCAUGGUCUACCUAUCAGUCUCAAAGAUCAAUUCCACGUCAAAGGCGUUGAUACAACAAUGGGCUACGUUGGAUGGAUAGACGGUAAUCUGGGUAUUGACUCUGAUGAGUCUCACACGGUAGAAAGCCAGAUCGUUAGCGAGCUACUCUCCCUCGGAGCAGUGCUAUACUGCAAAACCAGCCUACCCCAAACCCUUCUCUUCGGUGAGACAAAGAACAACAUCAUCGGCCAGACCCUAAACCCAAUAAAUCAGAACUUAUCUUGCGGUGGGUCCUCAGGUGGUGAAGCAGCGCUCAUGGCACUGGGCGGAAGUUCAGUUGGCGUUGGGACAGAUAUCGGUGGAUCGCUGCGAAUACCAGCUGGUUUUUGCGGGAUCUUUUCGAUAAAGCCGACGUCAAACCGACUCAGUUAUCGCGAUGUUGCGAAUACGAAUCCAGGACAGGAUACAUAUCGGUCUACGAUUGGUUUCAUGGGCACGUCGAUUGAUGCGCUGGAGGUGGUGUUCAAGGCUGUUCUUGGUACGGAGCCUUGGUUGAAAGACCCAGCUGUUAUACCGGUUCCGUUUCGAAAAGAGGUAACAGAGUCGUAUCGAAGACGUGCGGAUGAUAAAGGAAAUGUCAAGUUUGGUGAGAGACCACUGAAGAUGGGCGUACUUUGGUGUGACGGUAUGGUUGGAUUACAUCCACCUGUUCUUCGCGGGAUGAAGGUAGUGGUUGAGGCGCUGAAGAAGGCUGGGCACAAGGGAGGAUUUCUCAGCGCAGACGGAGCGCACGACAUCCACCAGCACCUCAAACGAUCCGGCGAACCUCUAAUCCCAGAUUUGCAAGACGGCCUCAAUCUAAAAACCCCAAAAGAAUUACUCAAAUAUCAAGAUCUUACUAUCCAAGGUCUUGAGUACGAGCGGCAGUAUUCCGAUUACUGGAACGCCACCGCCGACUUAGAUGAUCAAAGCGUAGACGCUGUUCUCAUGCCUGUAGCGCCUCAUGCAGCUGUGAUACCUGGAAAGUUCUACCACGGAGCGUAUACUGAUGCGAUGAACUUGACGAAUUACACGGCUGUUGUUAUUCCCACGAUCAGAGCAGAUAAGAGAGUAGAUGUUUUUGAUGAAGGGUAUGAACCGCUGGGUGAGAUGGAUAGGAAGAAUUGGCAAGCUUACGACGUAGAUUUGUAUGACGGAGCUCCAGUAGGCGUCCAAAUCGUAGGCCGAAAGUUCGAAGAGGAGAAAUGCCUAGCCAUAGCUAGAAUAGUCCACGCCGUCGUCCAGAGUGCAAUCAAGACAGUGUAG